GGCCCCGGCGAGCCGCAGACAUGGCGCCCGCGGCCGCCGGUCCCGCGGAGGUGGUCCGCGCGGCGCAGAAGGACGACUACUACCGCGGCGGGCUGCGCAGCGCGGCGGGCGGCGCCCUGCACAGCUUGGCGGGUGCAAAGAGGUGGCUGGAGUGCAGGAGAGAGGUCGAGCUGCUGUCCGAUGUGGCCUACUUUGGCCUCACCACAUUUGCAGGCUACCAGACCCUCGGGGAGGAGUACGUUGGCGUCAUCCAGGUGGACCCAUCCCGGAGCAGAGUGCCCUCCGGGCUGCGCCGUGGCGUGCUGGUGGUGCUGCACACCGUCCUGCCCUACCUGCUGGACAAGGCCCUGCUGCACCUGGAGCUCGAGCUGCAGGCUGACGCCAAUGGCGCCAGGCCCUCGCAGGGCAGCCUGGCACUGGGCGGGCGUGGCCGGUCGGGAUCGAGGCACUGGGUGCGCCAGCACGUGGCCACCCUGACAGAGCAGCAGAAGAGGACGCUUCUGCGGGCGGUGUCGGUGCUCAGGCAGGGCCUCGGCUGCCUCCAGCGGCUCCACGUUGCCUGGUUCUACAUCCAUGGCGCCUUCUACCACUUGGCCAAGAGGCUCACAGGAGUCACUUACCUUCGCGUCCGCUGCCCAGCUACAGAGGACCUGAGGGCUCGAGACAGCUACAGGCUGCUGGGGCUCGCGUCCCUACUACACCUGGCGCUGUCCGUGGGCCUGCAGCUGCACGGCUUCGGGCAGCGGCAGCGCGCCCGGCGGGAGUGGAAGCUGCACCGCGGCCUGUCUCAGCACAGGAGCCACAUGGAAGAGAAAGCUGUUUCCAGAAACCCCACGUGUACGCUGUGCCUGGAGGAACGCAGACACUCCACAGCCACGCCCUGCGGCCACCUCUUCUGCUGGGAGUGCAUCACCCAGUGGUGCGACACCAAGCCAACAUAGCGGCCACGAGCGCCCGUCGCCAGCCCCGUCACCACACGGACAGACAAGCUGCCUCCUUGGCCUGGUCACUGCUCCCGGCUCCACUCCCCCACUACCCCAGGGUUAAGGCCUUCCCUUCAGGUUUGUGACUUCUGAAAAAAGUGCUUUUUGGAAAUGGUCUCCAUUUGAAGUUAAUAGACACGUGUGCACGUCCCACGGGUUACUGCAGAUGCCGGUGUGGGAGGGCCUGUGGCGGGGGCUGUGCUGGCCACAGCCUACAUGCCCC